GCUUGGACCAGACGCUGGUCGUGUAGCGGUGUUAGUGUAUGACGCAGUGGGCGUGUACAACAUCAUCAGGUUUGACACCUAUAAUAACAACCACGACACCCUCUUUGACAAGAUAGACAAUCUACAACUGAUUCAGAGGGAGGACUCUGUAGAUAACGCCGUUGGUCUUGCUGGUAUGCUGAAAUAUUUUAUGGACAACAAGAGAGAACCAGCAGGUUCGAAACUCGGCUACCUUAUAACCCUCGGGCAAGCGAGGAACAAGAUACAAGCCGAGGCUGAGGCUCGAGCCUUGGCCAUGGAAGGUAUUCAGCUUUUGACUAUAGGGAUUUCACCAGGAGUGUCAGAGAGUGAGCUCAUCAGUUACCAGAUGUUUGAAAAAGUUGACGGCCCUACAAUUAUCACUAGAAUAGAGUCCUUAGCUUCAAGUAGAACUCUACAAGAAUUGGACGCUGAUCUCCUUAAAUAUGCUCAAAUUUCACGUCCAAGAGGAUUAAUUUAUCAAUGGGGCGAUGCAUUUGAUCUGGUUGUUUUGGUACACGACGAGAGCGGACGUAUUGACGGGGGAGCAGGUGCCCGCAACUUCCUUAUUGACUUAUUUCAUAGAUAUGAAAUUGCAAAUGACAAGGUCCAGGGUGGAGUUAUAUCGUUCGGACUGACGACACAAGAUCAGAUCAUCUUAGGAACUGAUCCAUUCUAUACAGCCUUGUAUCUUAAAUUGCUUAACCUAGAUUUAACUCCUACAGGUGGUGCUGAUGUUCUAGCUGGCCUAGAUGCCCUUUUGAACAUGUUUGAAACCCAUGGUCGAACAUCAGUGCCGAAAGUAGCAUUCCUGCUGAUGCAAGGCGAUGUUGUUUUGGAUAGUGUAAGAGCUAAAAUACAGGAAAUUAGAGAUAAAGACAUCGCCAUAGUAACAGUUGGUAUAGGAGCAGGGACAGAUAUGGUUGACCUGCAGUACAUUGCUAAUCACAAGGAACUUGCUUUCCUGCAGACGAACUGGCAGUCACUGCAAGUCACACCUACAAUGGACGCUUCUAUAAUUGCCUUGGCUCGAGGCAGCUUUAAAGCACAAGGAACUGGAGAUAUCCUAAGAUUGCCUACUCAGUGCACUGGGGAAGGUGUUGGGAUCAUAUUUGUAUUGGACGCUUCAAAUAGUUUUCAAACUAUAUUCGAAGCUGUUAAAAGAUUUGCAGCUGCAUUGAUGAGUGGGUUUUCUGCUCCUGUUGAAAUUGGUGCUAUAGCGUAUGCCAACAUCGUUCUAUCAAACUACAUAACGCCCGGAGAUUACAUGUCUUUUGUUGAGCUCUACGCACACUUCAUGGCAAAUGUGAAUUUAGACCCAACCUUAAUGACAACAUCUACACAUUUGGCACUUGAAAAGAUGAGGGAAAUGUUUAGUCAGAAAAAUCCCUCAUACAAAGAAAAAGUAGGCAUUGUCAUCACAGACGGCAAAUCAUCGUCUGCUAUUGAUACCACUGCGGAAGCCGAGAGGGCUCGGAACGACGGAAUCAAGAUGAUUGCCAUCAGCUUUCUGGAUGAUACUUUUGAGAACGAGUUGGGUUCUAUCACUGGGGAGGAGAUUACUGGAGGAGUUAAUCAUAAAUUUUUGUACAGUAACUCUGACUUGACAAAUCCUAGCAAAUUAGAGGCCAUACAAAAACUUAUUUGUGCCUUGAUAAGACCAAAUGAAUGUCUGGCUGGUUCGUACAGAGACCCGAUCACUCUGGAAUGUUUGAAGUGCCCGGUUGGCUCAUUCCAGGCAUUGAGUGAACAGCUGUUCUGUCAACAGUGUGCGUUAGGAUAUUCUACAACUGACCCUGGUGCUACAAGAAGUUCUGACUGUAUAAAGAAAUGUAAUGCUGGCUAUUUUCUGGAAUCUGCACCAAAUGGUAAAUGCAAAAUUUGCCCGAAAAACACCUACCAGCCCGAUAGUGGACAGAUACAGUGUUUGACCUGUAGUCCUUCAUUAAUCACGAAAUUUGAGGGUUCAACAAGCAUUGAUGAUUGUAUCUUGGACAAAUGCGAUGAGCCAAUGGAUCUGAUAUUAGUUGUGGAUUCAACUGCAAGUAUUGGAGUUUUCGAAUUCCAAAUGCUGAAAGCCUUCCUGAUCAACCAGUUAGAUAGAUUUGACUUCGUCACAACACGUAUAUCUGUGGUGAGAAUCGGAGCUGUAACAAAACCAGAAGAUGUGACAGAUUUCCUCACAGACAAAAACCUUGUAAUUGAGGCCAUUAGAAACUUGAAGGGAGGUGACUACAGUACAAACAUUGCAAGUGCAAUUGAAAUGGCUAACAACAAGUUUGAAAGUGAUUUUCGAGAUAAUGUACCUCAAGUGAUGUUUCUGAUAACAGAUGGCAUUGCAAGUAACCCAUAUGCGGCCAGGUACCAAGCUUUAGUCGCCCAGCAGAAGAGGCAGCUUGUAGUACUAGGAAUUGGGACUCAGUAUUUCAUGCAUGAAUUGAGGGAGUUAGCGUCUGUCCCAGAUACUGUGAUGACGGAGGCAAACUUUAUCAAAUUAGCAAGUCUUGACGCCUAUUUAACAAUCUGUGAUGCUGCAAAACGUUGGGCUAAACCACCAGUCGUUUCAACCAGUAAAUGUGAUUUGGCGUUAGAUAUAAUUUUUGUCAUGGAUACGUCUGCUAGUUUUUCAAUCACAGAAAUCAUAGCGAUGAAAGCAGUAUUAACAACCUUCACAGGAAAUCUGCAGAUAUCGGCAACAAAGGUCAAUGUAGGCAUCCUUUCAUUUCACGUUGAUGUCCAAGUUGAUAAAAAAUUGCCUCUCUCCUCUGACCUUGAUGCUAUUAAUACAGCAAUAAUGAUGCAAACAUCUACAGGAUUAGGAACAGCCACAGACCUUGCUUUAUUAGAGGCAAAGAAUAUGUUGGAAGCAUCAACAAGACCAGAUGCUGCGCGUGCUAUACUCAUCAUAACCGAUGGGCAGUCAAAUAAUCCGGCUCAAACUGCUGUUGCUGCUGAUAUACUUGAAAAGGCUGGAAUAUAUGUUGUGGCCAUAGGACUUGGCUCCGGUGCAGUGUUUGAAAAGGAACUUGAUACCAUCAGUACAUCAGGGUCUGACACCACUAUAUUAGUAACAACUCUGGCAAGUGUGAGCACUACAGUCUUGAAUACUAAAGUUUGUCCAGAAAACUUUAAGUGUUCCUACACAUUACAAGUCGUUUACGUCUGGGACUUGAGUGAUAGUGCCCAGGUUUUAGCCAAUACCAAAAAGCUUGCAGCAGACGUCUCUGUAAGAUUUGCCGACGUUCAAGCUAAGAUCAUUGAGGUGAAGACUAACGAUAAUACACAAGAUAUCGACACACUCUUAAAGGGUAUGACUGAGGCAAGAAAGGAAACCACGGCCUUAAAAGUGUACGACACUAUACAUAAUAUAGUCCUUAUAACAGAUAAGCCCUCAGCCGAUAUAGGAACGGAUUCUGAAUCUUUGCUAACAAUUACAACUGCUCUUAAAAAAGAAGGUGUGAAAAUCACUAUUAUUAAUGCAAGAGACGAAGACGAUGAGGGGUGGGAGGAGUAUGCUACUUCAAAGGAAACCGUUUUCCAUGGAUCAGACUUUCACGAGAUUGUGCCUGCAUGGAAAUUUCACCGAAGUUUGUGUAAAGAACCAUGUGACAGUGGUUAUAAUAUUGGUACGGAUGGAAAAUGUGAGGAAUGUCCAAUAGGAACAUAUAGAGAUAAGACCAAGAGUUACAUGUGCACGGCAUGCUCAACGGACUCUACAACUUUACGCACAGGGUCAACAUCUCGUGCAGAUUGCACAAUUAAAAUUCAAUGCGAGAAACCAAUGGACCUAGUAUUUUUGAUAGAUGCUACAGCCAGUAUUGGGAAUAAUUAUAACCUUCUUAAAGCAUACUUUUGGAGUUUAGUGGAUAAAUUUCCGGUUGGUCUUGGUGAUGACCAGACACGUAUAGCAGUUGGAAAGAUUGGCGAAGACGUGGACGAUGAUGCAGACUUUUCACUUUUAUCUGAGUCUGUGAAUAGUUUCGCAGUGAAGGCGAGCAUUAUCGGUCUCCUUGGCAACGAGCAGAGCACAAACACUGCAGUAUCUCUGGAGAUGGUUUAUAAUAUCUUCAAAACCGAGGGUCGUGACAAUACGAAGUACCCGCAUAUAGUACUUGUUGCUACAGAUGGAAGGUCGGGAAAUACGUUCCAGACAAAGAGAUAUAGCUCCAUUUUAAAACUCAAUGGAAUUCGCACUCUAGUUAUUGCCCUUGGUGACGGUGUAUUCCAACCAGAAAUAGAGGCUUUGGCUUACGAUUCUAACUCAAUAUUUUCUUUUGCAACUUACAAGAGUCUAGUUGAGUCAACUUACAUACCGGAAAAAAUAUGUGAUGCUGCGGAGAGUUAUAAGCCGAGUACACCAGUAAUAAUUGGACCGGAACUGUUAGGGGAAUGUAAGAGUUAUAUGGAUAUGGUAUUUGUAGUAGAUGCGUCAUUAAGUGUAACAUACCCUGUGUUCCUGAAGAUGAAAAUAUUCAUGAUACAGUUCGCUCAGAUGUUGGAUAUUGGGCAAAACAGGAUCCGAAUAGGUGUUGUAGCAUUCUCAAGUACAGUUCAUAGCCAGGUGUUUUCUCUGAAUCAAUGUACGGACCAGAAAACUUUAGAGACAGAUGGUAUUUUACCACAGGUUUGGACAAGUGGUGGAACCACCAACACAGCCGCUGCCCUUGACCGAAUGAUACAGAUGUUUGUGGCUGAAGGUCGCCAGGGAACACCAUAUGUUGCUAUAGUAAUGACUGAUGGUAAAUCAGAUGUUCCAGCUAGCACAAAACUGCAAGCUCAAAGGGCUAAAAGAGAAAGGUAUGAAAGUAUUCAUAUAGUGGCUUUGGGUUUUGGAACCAUCAGUUUAGGGACAAACGCUCAGGAACUUUACGACAUCGCGACUGACCCAGCCUCGGUUAAAGCUGUGAGCACUUUCUCUGAAAUCACACCUAAACAGUUAUUGGACCUGUCCUGCUCAUUUAAUUUUGAAUGCUCCAAUAAUAUGGACAUCGUAGCAGUGUGGGAUCUUGUGAACUUUGACACAAUUAGAAGGGCAGAGAUAUUCAUAGAUGGCUUGAAGAAAAGCUUUGUUAAUUCUGUUGUCACAAAUAUAUUUGUGGAUCAUGUGGCGGAUGUUGCCCUGGCGAUGAAAGAGGCUGUACAAAAACAACAUAGUUCUUCUAAAACAAAUUUCAAUGUGGCACGAGUUAUAAUGGUUAUAACAGAUAAUUUAAUUGAUGCUAGUGUGAAAGCACGACUUGAAGUCGAGAUUAACGUAGCCAAGGCAGAUGGUAUUCUGGUGGCUGUUGUGGAUGCUGCCACUACCUCAAACAACAUCGAAAGCUUCGCCUCCAAUGAUAAAUUGAGCUUCUUUACUAACAGAUAUGACAUGUUACCUUUUGAGCUGGUAAUUAAAAGGAGUUUGUGUACAGUGCCAUGUACUGAUGGAUACCAGGUGUCAAGUACAACAGGAACUUGUGAAGAAUGUGAGGUCAACAAGUACAGAGAUAGUGAUGAGUCAUUCCUGUGUCAGUCAUGCCCAGAUGGAAGAACUACAGAUGGCGCCACUGCAUCAGACAGACUCUCUGAUUGUCUCUUAGGUAACUGCCUUGCCCCUAUGGAUAUUGUGUUUGUGGUGGACUCAUCCCAGAGUAUCAGAACUAAUGAAUACACCUUGAUGAAAGUGUUUCUUUUAAAUUUAAUUGGAAAGUUUGAUAUUAGUGAGGAUAGAACUCGGGUAGGCAUUUUGCCGUAUACAUCAGAUGUUCUCAGUGGAGAUGUGUUCCCAUUACAGCAGUCAACCGAACCGGAACCUGUUCUUCAAGCUGUACGUCAGCUCAACCAAGGGACUUUACCAACAGGAACUAACACGGCUAGAGCAAUUGAUGUUGCUGUUGAUAUGUUUAAAGUCCAGGGUCGUAGGACAGGCGGAGUUAUGCGCAUCCUGGUCUUGUUAACCGACGGCAUGUCUACUAACACUUACAAAACUAUCGAAGAGGCAAAUAAGGCCAAGGCCGAAUUCAUACGUCUAUUUGUCAUUGGCGUCGGUCCUAACGUUUUCCAGUAUGAACUUGACCGCGUUGCAAGUGAUGAGGAUUCAAAGUUGAUGGUUCCUAAUUUCUUGACAUUGGCAACAAAUACGGAUUUUAUUACAAGAAUUUGUGAAGACACAUUUACAUGCACUAAGAGCAUAGAUAUUAUAAUAUUUGAAGACAGAAUUACUACUGAUCCAGAGUUUAAAGGACGAUUUAACAACUUUGUUGUAAAACUUGCAAGCAGUUUCAGCCAGUCAACUGUGGCAAUAUCCCCAUACACAAAUAUGGUCGAGUUAAGCACUCAAGCUGAUAACCAAGAUCUAUCCACCAAUCCGCAGAAAACAAAACUGUUCAUUUUUGUCACAAAAACAGAUAUUUUGGAUGUUGAUGUUAAAAAUAAAAUUGUCAGUAAACUACGUAAUACUGGAGGGAUUGUGUCAGUCAUCAAUGCAAGGACCGACCUAGACAACAUAAACUUUGUUACCAUAGUUAACAGUCUGCAGUUCCUGUUUAAUGUGGAGAAUUUUAAUGAACUUCCAGCCUACAGAUUCCUUGAAAGGAAAUUUUGCAUUGACCCUUGUGAUGAUGGAGAGCAAAGAGGAAUGGACGGGUCGUGUGAGAAAUGUCCGCGAGGAACAUAUCGUGUUAAAACUGACGCGCAUACUUGUGUGCAAUGUGCUGUUGGUAAAACAACAGAGAAUACAGGAUCUACAGCCGACACUGCCUGUAUACCCAACUGUGGACCUGGGUUUAAGACAGUAGGGGAGAACUGUGUUGAAUGUGGUAAAGGAGAAUACCAGGCUGACAGUUUUCAGUCUAAUUGUGACACCUGUAAAGCUGGUUAUUCUACAAAAGAAACGAAAUCAACAUCUGUUGACCAGUGUAUUAGGGACUGUAAUGAAGGGGAAAGAAUUUCGCCAACUAAUAAGGAUACCUGUAUUGCUUGUGAAGCAAACACAUACCAACCAGAGAGGGUGCAGACAGAGUGUAUAGACUGUCCUAUAAACCUGUUUUCACUGGCAGGAAGUGACUCUCUAGAUGACUGCAAUGAUGCAUGUGGGAAGAAUAUGGACAUCAUAUUUCUAGUGGAUGCUUCUAUGAGCCUUACAUCCAUUAGUUUCAAAUUGGUUAAGGUGUUCUUAGAAAAUUCUGUUUACAGGUUCAAGGUUGGAUUGACUGCGACUCGUAUCGGAAUUAUCCAGUUUGCCGACAAUGUGCCGACUAAUCCACGUCUAGAUUUAACAGGAUCCACUGAUCGAGUCACCGUGACUACUUUAGUCAGAAGUCUGGUUCAGAGUACGAAACCCGGUACAAAUACAGCUGCGGCUAUAGAUGCUGCCAUCACUACGUUCGAUAACCAGGGCCGAGCCGGCAUACCGAAGAACAUAAUUGUAAUUACAGACGGAAUGUCGGACAACACUGCAUUGACUGUGGCUGCAGCGGCACGGGCUAAAAGGAGGUUUAUAAAUAUUAUCAGCAUUGGCGUAGGCUCGAACUUCUUUUUAGACGAACUUCUGCGUAUUGCAACUGACGAAACGGCUCUGAAGACUUUCACAAGUUUCUAUAGCUUGGUUACUUUCAAUAUUCUCCCAACUGUUUGUACACCAACCCAGUUUUCAUGUGACAAAAAUAUGGAUAUAUUCUACAUCAAGAAUUAUGACAGCAAUGCAGAUGUUGAAACAAAGGUCACCAAGUUUAUUUCUGACUUUGAGACCAGAUAUUUAUCUGGUACAACACUUACACUAGUUGAUGCAGUCAUUAAUGUUGAAUCUCUGGUGGAUGACCUGAAUCAUUUUUCGGACACGACUAACCCAGCAAACACUAAAGUCCUCAUCAUAUUCACAAAUAAGGCCAAUGUAGCAGGAUCGAACAUUGCCGAUGUGGUUAAAGAUCAAGGAGUAAUUGUUGCUGUGGUGUACACCUCUGAUAUAACAACGGACACAUCUUACGAUGCAAUUGUGUCAAACGAAGAUUUACUCUUCUACGCGGAGAAUUUUGAUCAGUCUCCAUAUAAUGAUUUCAUCUUGAGAAGUCUUUGCAUAGCACCAUGUGGGGAUGGUUUUAGGAAAGGGCAGGCCCCUUUGCCCGGGGCGGGGGCUACAGAUGUUAGUCAGUGUGUUGCUUGCAGUGCAGAUGAGGUUCCCUGCGCCACUGGUACCUCGAUUACAGGUGACACAUGUAUUCCAGUAACAGACAGGUGCAAUGGUGUGAAUAACUGUUUUGAUGGCUCAGAUGAGAUAUGUAAUACAUGCACAAUCGGGUAUAAAUGGACAGGUUCAAUAUGUAAACAGUGUGAAAAAGGUACAUUUCAAGAUGAAGAAAAGCAGACGGACUGCAUCAAAUGUCCUGAAGGCUCAACAACAGAUGGAACUGGAAAAAGUUCUGUAUCAGCAUGUUAUGUCAUUUGUAACAGUAAUGGACAAGAGCUAGAUUAUCCUGAUGGAAAUUGUAGAGACUGUCAAAUUGGUUACUAUAGAAACAAGGAUGAAGAUUCUGUCUGCGUGAAAUGUGAAAAUGGUUUUAUAACGAAACAAGUUAGGUCAACUUCGAAGGAUGACUGCGUCUCACCUUGCGAAGCUGGACAAGGUUGGGAUGACGUAACAAAAGUCUGUGUAGAUUGCAGUUUAGGUUCAUACCAACCUGAGCCAAACAAGAUUACUUGUCUGAGUUGCCCUGCGGGGAAGACCACUGUUAGUGUUAAAUCAACUCUUGCAUCCGACUGUCAAGACCCGUGCCAGCCUGGUGAAGAGCUCCCUGUGGGAGGUACAGAAAGUGCUGAUUGUCAGGAAUGCCCGCUGAACACAUAUAAAUCUAGUCAGGAUAUCAUCUGUCAGUCUUGCCCUCCAGUUCAUAUCACGUUGGAAACAGGCAGCACUGCAUCAGAUAGUUGUAUACCCAACUGUGAUGUAGGGUAUUACUAUGAUGAGAGUCUUGAGAAAUGUCAGAAGUGUACGUUCGGGACAUACCAGGACCAAAAAUAUCAGACUUCAUGCAAAUCAUGUGACACUGGUAAAACAACAACAACCCAGGGCAACGAUGAGGAAUCUGAUUGUAUUGUACCUUGUCCAGCGGGGUCGUAUCUCCCAUUCCGGAUCAGUGGUCAGUGUACGCCAUGUCCACAAGGGACAUACAGGGUGAACGAUGAAACCAUUGCAACUUGCACACCUUGUGAAAGUGGGAAAAACACAGAUGGAGAGGGAUCCACGAGUGAAGCAGACUGCAAACCUGACUGCAAGCUAGGUGAGAAGAUUGUUGGAAAUGUUUGUGAGAAGUGUGAAAUUGGGACGUACCAGACAAAGCCCAGGGAGAUCUCUUGUGAUACUUGUGGGGAUUAUAAGUCUACUGAACAAACUGGAGCAGAUUCUGCUGACAAAUGUGUUGAUACAUGCCCUAGUGGUACACAACUUACACAAAAGAACCCGUUACUCUGUGAAAAAUGUCCCAUGAAUAAUUACAAGGAAGCUGGCGUUGAUGAAAAAUGUACACCUUGCCCAGUCAAUCAUAUUACUCUGGCAGAUGGUGCUGCGAACAUAAGAGAAUGUGUUCCUAAUUGUGAGAACGGAAAGAGGUUUGACAGCACUACUCAGCAAUGUGUAGACUGUGAUAUAGGAACAUUUCAACCCGAGUUUUAUAAAGAUUUUUGCUAUGACUGUAGAGAAAAAUGGACUACAGUAACAGUUGGAGCCAAAACAGAGGAUGACUGUCUGCCUGACUGUGCUGCGGGUGAAUAUUGGAAUGAAAAUAUAUUAUCUUGUGAAAAAUGUCCUAAAGACUCGUACCAACCAGACCUGUACAAAAGUAGCUGCCAGAAAUGUCCAAAUGGGGAAUUUACUGAUGACAUUGGGGCAAUAAAUGAACUGCAGUGUGAAGAUCAGUGCCCUCUGGGAGAGGAGAUGGGUCCAGGGGGGACAACCCCAGCUGAAUGCAUUCCAUGUAAAAUCGGGACAUUCAAAGAUGCAACCACAAGUACCUGUCAGUCAUGCUCGAAUGGUUUAACAACAUUGGAUACAGGAAAAACAUCAAGUUCUGACUGCAAGCCCCCCUGUGCAACAGGAGAACGUUUUGACACUACCUUGAAGCUGUGUGUAAAAUGUGAGGUUGGUACAUACCAGGACGAACCGAACUCAGACACCUGUAAACCAUGUACACCUACUGGCUACACAACUCUACAACCAGGCUCAAAACUAGACACAGACUGCCUACCUCCGUGCAAGCCUGGUUCAGCUUGGGACAAUGGAGUGGGAGCAUGUAAACAAUGUUGGAAGGGGAAAUAUCAAGAUGAGGCGAACCAGGUAGAGUGUAAAACAUGUCCUGAUACACAAACAACCCUUGGAGAUGGUGCCGAUAGCCAGGAUGACUGUAUAGAUCCUACUUGUGGAGCACAGGAAUGGCAGUGUGAUGAUGGGCAGUGUAUAGAUGAAGCCUUAAGAUGUGAUGGUACAGUUGAUUGUACUGACAACUCAGAUGAGUCAAAUACAAACUGCUGUCCCAUUGGUCAAUUCUUUGAUUAUUCAACCAAUCAAUGUGAAGCUUGUCCAGCUGGAAGUUACCAGGAUAUACCAGGAGAGACAUCUUGUAUGAACUGUCCAAAGGGACAAAUUUCAGCAGCAGGAUCAGAUGAACCAGCGGAUUGUCAAGAGUGUCCUGCUGGUUCCCAGCUUGUUGAUGGAGCCACAGAAUGUACAGAGUGUCCAGAAGAUAUGUACAGAAGAACAGGAAUGAUGACAUGUAGCUUUUGUCCCCCUAAUUUUGUCUCUGACGCAGGUUCGACGGACAUUACUGAUUGUAAACCUGACUGUGAGGAAGGUGAAUACUAUGAUACUGGACUGUUGGGGUGCGAGCCCUGUCCAAUAGGUUAUUACCAGGACCAGGAGAAACAAGGUCAGUGUAACAGGUGCACCACUGGUACAACCACAGAGCAGACAGGAAGUACAAGCAGCAACCAGUGUAUUGAUAUAUGUGAUCCUGGCUAUACUUUGGUAUAUGAUUCGGACGGAAAGCCUACAACCAGUUGUAAUCCAUGUCCGGUUUCAACAUACAAGGACAACUCAGACUUCUACGAGUGUAAGCCUUGUGCCGCUGGUUUCACAACAGCUGCUACUGGAAGCACAGAAUGUUUGCCGGACUGUGAUGCAGGAAAUUUUUACCCGUCUAAAACCAGUCCAGACUGCAAGUUGUGUUCAAGAGGAUCAUUCCAGCCUGACCGUCUGCAAUCAUCUUGCAUCCAAUGCCCUGCUGGCCAGACUACACCAAUAAUUGGUGCAACAACAAAGUUCCUAUGCUAUAACAAAUGCUCUGCUGGAUAUAAGUAUGACUCUACAACAGAUCUCUGUGAGAUAUGCCCAAAAGGAACUUACAGACGUAAAGAAGAUGAAGGUGAUUGUAAAGUAUGUAGGACAGGUUUCACUACAGAGGGUCCUGGGACUCCAUCAGAGGACUUGUGUGUUCCAAACUGUGUAGUUGGUCAGUAUUACAACAGGCAGACUAGUAGAUGCGAGCCAUGUCCUAUAAAUAGCUACCAAUCAGAACCUUACAAAUAUGUCUGUGUGCAAUGUCCGACUGGAACCGCUGUUUCUUCAACUGGCUCUGAUGAAAUGUCAGACUGUGAAGAUCCAUGUACAGUUGCUGGAGAAGAGCUUCAACCUGAUGGUUCUUGUGGUCCGUGUAAAGUUGGGUUUGCCAAGAUACCACCUAGCACUAUCUGUACUGAAUGUCCAGGUGGCUUCACAACUGAAGGAACAGGGAGCUCUGAGUGUGUUCCUGACUGCACUGAGGGUAAUUACUGGGAUGGUACCAAGUGUUCACCAUGUGUAAAAGGAGAGUACCAACCAAACAAAUACAAGUACGAUUGUGUAGAUUGUCCGACUGGGCGGACAACAGCCAACGUUGGAGCAAGUCAAUCUUCUCAGUGUAUUGAUAUAUGUCCAAAUGGGUUCGAGUUACAGGUUGAUGGCACAUGCAAACCAUGUGACAAGAAUUAUUACCGUACAAAUGGGGUGCAGCUACAAUGUACUCCAUGCCAGAAAAACUUUAUUACAUUGUUUGAGGGUGCAGAGACAGCAGACGAUUGUCGUCCACUGUGUGAUGUGGGAACUGAAUGGAAUGAUGUCACUGGUCAAUGUGAACCUUGUAAGAUAGGGUUUUACCAGGAUGAAGAGUAUCAGAAACAAUGUAAGGCUUGUGAUAGCGGCAAAACUACUGAAAAUACAGGGCAAAUUUCCGAAGAUUCUUGUGUUGGUGAGUGUGAGCCCGGGACAUAUUGGAAUGAAGCAACCAGCCAGUGUACAGACUGUGCUAAAGGAACAUAUCAGAGUGAACGCAACAAAGAUUCAUGUGUUCAAUGUUUACCUGGCUACACCACAAAUUUCCCAAAAUCUACAAGCCAGCAAAAUUGCAUUGAUCCGUGUACAAGUGGGUAUACCUAUAAUGCAGUCUUAGAUAGAUGUGAUAAAUGUGGAUACCAAAAACAUCGAGAUAGAACUAAACAUAACAUUUGUCAAGAUUGUCCCCCUGGAUUGUAUACCACAACAGAUACAGCAACAUCAGAGGCCGAGUGUAUAUCAUAUUGUACUGCCGGUAAUUACUGGUCAAAGGAUAAGAGGGUUUGCAUAAAGUGCGAGAUUGGCUUUUAUCAACCAAACCCGUCAGCGCUUCAAUGUAUCCCAUGUAGUGAUGGAUGGAUUACUUUGUUUACAGAAUCCACGCUAGCAAGCCAGUGUAGACCUCCUUGUGUAGAAGGUGAAGAAUGGGAUGAUACUAGUAAAACUUGUGUUCCAUGUCCUACUGGAGAAUAUCAGAAUACUAAAUAUGAGGAAAAUUGUAAAAUUUGUGACGUCGGAAAGUCAACACAGUCCAUUCGUUCAACGAAAGAGUCAGAUUGUCAAGCAACUAGCUGUUUACCAGGACAGUGGAAAUGUUUAACUGGGACUGGAUGUGUAGAUUGGGAAGGAAGGUGUGACAAUGCUGUGACAUGUGCUGACAGUAGUGAUGAAGCUGGUUGUAAUUGUGUGCCAGGAACUUAUUACGACACAGCAUCAGACACAUGUAAGAAUUGUGAAACAGGGUCAUAUCAGGAUAAAAGUGGUCAGUUAACAUGUAUACAAUGCCCAGUAGGUUCUGACUCACCAACAAAUUCUGACAGUUUGUCGGACUGUGAAGAUGUAUGUGAAAGUGGGGAGCAAUAUGUCCCUGGUAACCUGCCUGCUGAUAGAUGUGUACAGUGUCCUGUUGGAACAUACAGAAAAAAGGGCAGAGAUGACCCUCUUGUCUGCAUAGAAUGUCCAACACCAUUUACAACAGAAAAUCCAGGGGCAGAUGACAUUGGCUCUUGUGUUCCCAAGUGUCCAAAGGGACAGUACUACAGGGUGUUACCGAAUGAAGGCUGUGUAUUAUGUCCCCUUGGUUAUACCCAGGACAAGGAGUAUAAUCAGUAUUCCUGUGAGAAGUGCCCACCUGGUACUACCACUCUAAUUUCUGAUCUGAACUCAUGUACAGACAUUUGCGGUUUGGGAGAGUACCUGCCACUUGGUGGCACUGUGGUGGCAGAUUGUAAAGCAUGUGAGCCUGGCUACUACAAAGAUGCGUCUGUGUAUUUAUGUAAAAAAUGUCCAAAUGGGUUUACUUCUCCAAGUGGAUCAGAUUCUGUGAAUGACUGUUAUGAUUUGUGUAAUGAUGGUUUGGAGCUAUCUGCAGACAAAGAUUCCUGUGUGGAAUGUCCGGUGGGCAAGUAUCGCGCCCAGGGAUCUGGUGAUGUUGCAUGUGUCUCUUGCCCAGUGGGACUGCACAACCAGCACUGUGGAUCAGCCUCUUUGGCAGGGAAUGAAAC